AUGGAAGGGUUCAGUCUUAAGAUCACCAACUUGGACAAAACAGUGACAUUAGACGACCUUAACGCGAAGAUUCACCAAUAUAACUUUGAUCCUGUCAGUGUGACUAUUCGCACAUGGUCGGCAGACAAAAGUUACGGGUAUGGCAGAGUUUACACUCGUAACACGACAGAAGCGAAUCGGAUUGUUACAGAUAUGAACGGGAAAGUAGUUGAAGGCAACGAACUUAAAGUAGUUAUUCAGCACGAUGACGUCAGUCAGACAAUCGUGUACGUUGGAAACGUGCCAGUGAUACUUGGAGAAGAUGGAUUUAAAGCACUCUUUGAACAGUACCGACCAAAAAAUGUGGAAUUUAUUUUAACAAAGGCUGGCGAUUCAAAAGGAAUUGCUGACGUUGUUCUGAAGGAUUACCUUUCUGUCUUGAACUUCGACGCUCGUUUUAAUAACUACAAAAUUGGAAACCAAAAGAUAAGCUUCAAAGUCCCCAAAUUGAAAAAAGCCAAAGUCGAGAAGAUGGAAGAGGAGAGUGAGAGUCAAAAACAGCCUAAAGUGACUCCGAUUGACGACGAAAAUAAAGAAGAUGAUGACGAAGACAAUGGUGGAUUUGUGGAUCCAGCGACUCUCGCAGACAAAGAAGAAAAGAAAGAAGAACUUCUCCAGCAAAGAAAGAAGGACAGAAAGUCACAACGAAUCAAAAUCGCGUAUAACAAAGAUAAGAGUGCCGCUAAAAAAGAGAAAAGAAAACAAAUUGGAUGUUUUAUCUGCCAACAACAAGGCCACACCUCACAGGACUGCCCAUAUAAAGACAAGAAAAUACCAAAGAAGGCAGAAAAGAAGAGUAACAAUAAGAAGGGCGAGAAAAGAUCUGGUAAGAAAGGAAAAACGGCUCACAGCGACGAUGGCGAGAGCAACGAAUAA